AUGGGAUACUCGCCAGUGACCAUGGCGAGUAAGGUCGACCAAAAGGUUGUGGGGGGUGAAGAACGAGCCCCGUUGACGAGGCUUAAUGUGAUGGAUCUCGGGAGUGCAGAUUGGACUUCGGCUGGACACUCUUGGCACGAAACUACCGGGUUUGCUCGAUUCCCAAGUUACCCCCCUCGUGCUGCUCUGUGCUGUCGAUCGCAAAGUGCCUAUACUGUUGACGCCCAGGGGAGUAUGGGGUAUAUGACAAAGAGUAGAAGAGUCGACCGUUGGACAAAGCUGAAGAAGGUCGAGGCGAGGCGAGACUAA